AUGUCUGACGCCAGCGACGCCGUUUGCGAGCGGCUACGGUUGAUCGAGGACCUCAAGUUCUUUUUGGCGACCGCCCCGGCCAACUGGCAGGAGAACCAGGUGAUCCGGCGGUACUACCUAAAUCUGGACGAAGGGUUUGUCUCGUGUGUGUAUUGGAACAACUUGUACUUCAUCACCGGCACCGACAUCGUCCGCAGCAUUGUCUACAAGUUCGAGCACUUUGGCCGUAAAAUCGUCGACCGCAAGAAGUUUGAAGAAGGGAUAUUUCUGGAUUUACGCAAUUUGAAGUGUGGCACCGAUGCCAUAUUAGAGCUUCCGCGGCUGGAGUUUUUGGAGUUCUUAUUUAAAAACCUGUGUUUGCGGACCCAGAAGAAACAAAAGGUGUUCUUUUGGUUUAAUGUGCCCCACGAUAAGUUGAUGGCCGACGCGCUCGAGCGCGACUUAAAGAAAGAGAAAUUGGGCCACCCGCCGACUACGGUAGCCCACGCCGAGCCGGCGUUGCUGUUUGAGUACGAUGAGCUGAAACUGUUAUUCUCUCAGCUUAAUAGUCAUAUGAGCCACCAGCAAUUGCUUAAAGGAGUGGCCACGACCGAAGAAGACGCCGUUGAGGCUAUUGCCAGCUCUGGUGACCCCGCAAUCAAAGCUGAAUUUCAACCGACGCUUCCUGGCGCCAGUACUCCACCGCCCCCACGACCAGAGAACGCAAACGCCAACGACAACGACGGAGACGAAGACGACGACGACGAUGAUGAAGAUUUCCCGUUGGAUUUCAUCCACCCUUACGACCACGACCAGGUGAUCACGCUAGACGCCAACCAACACGUUGCCUACGGCAGUUUGGUCGAUGACACCGACUACGAUCUGUUUGUCGAUACCCUGGUUUUCACCCAGAUACCAUCGUCGAACGGCUCCAUAGUAUCGCAACCAGUGGCAUACACUGACGAGUAUCUUAUCGAACAGGCUCAGCCGCUCAAACCCUUCCACACGAGUCGCGCUGACGAUACGUAUUUGAUACCGCCACAGCCAUCGCUGCUGGCCAGCUAUGCGCCUCAACCUCCUUAUUACGUGCCCAUGUCGACUCCCGGAGGCCAGCGAUACCCACCACCGCCGCCGCCGCCACUGGUGCCGACGGCGGCAGGACCGCCCUCCAGCCAAUAUUACGGCGGCACUGCUGCCUACUACCUGGUACCGGAGCCGGCGUACAUGGCGCACGAACAGGAAUACUGGCCGCCUCAGCCAGGGUACGAGUACCCUCCGGGAGGCUACUCGUACCCCGUCGACGAGUACCCAGGUGCUGGCUACCUGGGUGCCACUGGUGGUGGUCCUCCGACAACUUACUACCCUCGCCCUCACCCGGGUUAUACGAAAAAGCGAGCACCACCGCCGCUGCUGCGGGUGGUGGUAGGGGGAGGUGUGUCCAAGCCACCUCAUAAUACGCAUCACCGUCGGCCUCCCUCAGCAGAAGUGGCGGCGGCGGCAGCAGCAGCAGCGGCGGAAGCGACGCGACCGGGGCCCAAACCCGAGUGA